UCUCACAAGGUCGGUCAGUCCUGCUCACCUGUGGAUCAGAACAAAGAGCCCUGGAUGGAGAAGAAAGAGGAGACAGUAGCAAAGGAUCCAGAUCUGCAUUUUAACAAGUUGAUAUGAAAUUUCAACAAGAAUUCCAGUCUUUGUUUCUGAAAGAGAAACUCAGAGAAGAGCACCAAGAACAAUGAAUGCUUCUGUGGCUAAAGCUCCCCAGGGUCUGUUAUCAUUCAGGGAUGUGGCUGUGGACAUCUCACAGGAAGAAUGGGAAUGUCUAGAUUGUGCUCAGAAGGCUUUGUACAUGGAUGUGAUGUUGGAGAAUUACAACAAUCUACUCUUUGUGGAGAACCAUUGCAUAUGUGGUAAAUAUGAGAAGGUCUUGCAUCAAGACACAAAGCAUUUCAUCCAUGAGCAUGAAAAUGUCAAAGAGAAGUCUUAUAAAUGUAAUGAGCUUGGCAAAGUGAUUCAUGAAUUCUGCCAAUGUAGAUCUUAUGACACAAGUGAUACUGCAGAAAAUUACAAGUACAGCUUUUUUAACCACAGAGAUGCCUUUGUUGAAACCUUAAACCUCAACAGACACAAAAGUGGGAAUGCUGGAGAAAAACUUUGCAAAUAUAAAGACUGUUUAAAUUUGUGUUCCAUCAUUAGCGAAAAUCAAAGAACUCAUGCAGGAAAGAAAGAACACAAAAAUACAGAGUAUGAUACAUCUUUUGACUCUAAUGCAGAAAUCAUAUUGAAACAAACUGAUAGCAGGAAGAAAGCACAUCAAUGCAGGAAAUGUGGGAAAUGCUUCAAGACUCAUUCAAGCCUCAUUGGGCAUCAGAGAGCCCAUACCAGAGAAAAAUCUUAUAAAUGUUUAAAAUAUAGUAAAUCUUUUCUGCAUUUUUCACAACUCAAAGUACAUUACAAAAUCCGUUGUAGAGAAAACCCCUACAAAUGUACAGAAUGUGGUAAGUGCUUUUAUCAUUUAUCAAAGUUUAAAAGACAUUGCAGGAUCCAUGUUGGAGAGAAACCUUACAAAUGUAGUGAAUGUCACAAAUCUUUUAAUGAAAAAGGCCAUCUUAGAACUCACCAGAGAAUCCACACAGGAGAGAAACCUUACAAAUGUAGUGAAUGUGGCAAAUCCUUUACCACAAAAGACAAUCUUAGAAGUCAUCAGAGAAUCCAUACAGGAGAGAAACCUUACAUAUGUAGUGAAUGUCACAAAUCGUUUAUCACAAAAGACCAUCUUAGAACUCAUCAGAGAAUCCACACAGGAGAGAAACCUUUCAAAUGUAGCGAAUGUGACAAAUCCUUUACAAGUCGCUCACAUCUUAGAAUACAUCUGAAAAGACAUAGAGGUGAGAAACCUUUCAAAUGUAGUGAAUGUGACAAAUCCUUUACUGAGAAAGCGACACUAAGAACUCAUCAGAGAAUACAUACAGGAGAGAAACCUUACAAAUGUAGUGAAUGUGAGAAAUCCUUUAGUGCAAAAGGGACAUUUAGAAUUCAUCAGAGAGUACAUACAGGAGAGAAACCUUACAAAUGUACUGAAUGUGACAAAUCUUUUACUAAGAAAUGGACGUUUAGAACUCAUCAGAGAAUACAUACAGGAGAGAAACCUUAUAAAUGUACCAAAUGUGAAAAAUCAUUUACUGGGCGAGGCAGUCUUAGAACUCAUCUGAGAAUCCACACAGGAGAGAAACCUUACAAAUGUAGUGAAUGUGACAAGUCCUUUACCACAAAAGACAAUCUUAGAAGUCACCAGAGAAUCCACACAGGAGAGAAACCUUUCAAAUGUAGUGAAUGUGACAAAUCCUUUACCUGGGGCCCAUCUCUUAGAAUACACCAGAGAACACAUACAGGAGAGAAACCUUACAAAUGUAGUGAAUGUGACAAAUUCUUUACUACAAAAAGCAGUCUUAGGACUCAUCAGAGAAUACAUACACUAGAGAAACUUUAGAAAUGUACCAAAUGUGAGAAAUCCUUUUCUGUUGGUUUAGCUCUUAGAAUAUGUUCUAGGAUACUUGAUCACACUGUGAAACCCAAGUGUUAAUAAUAUCAACCUUGAAUUGGGACAGGACCAAGAACUCAUUGGUGGGAAAUAGCCGUAGAGAACACGGAGGGAUAUGGAAGACAAGAAGAAGUAAGGAGUGACUUGCAGUUUUGUGGUCCUCUGGUUUGAGAUGGUUGGAGAGACACUUCCUUGCUGGGUCUCUGGCCAAAAAGGCCAUUUAGUUGUUUCUUGGCCUCUGAACUAGCAGGUUUUCACCCCAACAUCUGACUUCCAAGUUUUUACUGGUAAAUAGUACAAUAGAGACUUAGUUAAAUACUGCAUAUGAUGGCUAACGCCACAGCCAGUGCCAUUGGAACCACCAAGCCACAGUCUGAGCAACAGUGUAAUGCAGGGCAUGGGUCCACAGUCAGGUGCAUCUGCUAGGCUGACAGAAGAACAUGAACACAUCAGAGAAUACAUAGUAUUCUUACAAAUGGAGUGAAUGUGAGAAAUCCUUUACUAUUUGCUCAUUUCUUAGACUCCAUAAGAGAAUUCAUUCAGGAGAGAAACCAUACAAGUGUAAUUAACUUAGUUUGGGAUUUAUUGUUCUGAAGAGACACCAUGACCAUGGCAAUUCAUUUAAAGGAAAGCAUUUAAUUGGGGCUGGCUUACAGUUUCAGAAUUUAGUCCAUUUUCAGUUUUAGUCCAUUAUUCUCAUGGUGGAAAACAUGACAUGCAGGCAGACAUGGUGCUAGAGAAGGAGCUUAGACAUCUAUCUAUAUCUUGAUCGGGCAGCAGGAUGUGAGUUGUUUAAUAGGUGUGGCUUGAACAUAUAGGAGACCUCAGCAGCUGCCUUGAUGAUCACACACUUUUUCCAACAAGACCACACCCACACAAAUGAGGCUCUACCUCCUAAUAGUGCCACUCCUUAUGGGCCAAGCAUUCAAACUUGGGUCGAUGGGGGCCAUACCUGUUUAAACCACCAUAAUAGUCAAUAUCAGAAACCAUUUUAUCUACAAAAAUCACCCUGAGAAGACAUCAAAGGAUUUAUAUGGGAGAGACAACUUAAAAAUGUAAAGUAUGCGGAAAAGUCUUUACUAGCCUCUCUGGUGUAAGAAAACAUCUGAAAAUUCAUACCAGCAGGAAAGUUUCCUUGGGAAAUAAUUUGGCAUGUGCUUAAACCAAGCUCUGUUCUUAGUUGUACUUGAGACUCCACACUAAAGAAUCAUUAUGAACAUGAGAAUUUUGUGAAAGCCUUUAAGUUAUUUUCAAACCUUAGAAAAUACCAUGAGUUUAUGCAGAGCAAACAUGUAGGACAAUUUUCAUCAACUUUUUAUUUGUUCCAACUCAAAUACUUCAUAAUGAAGACAAAAUGCAGAAACUUCAAGUAUAUGCUAUUGUGUAAUAGUUUCCUGGAGACUGGACUGAUACAUUUUGAAGGGAAUCUGAUUAAGGCAGGAAAUACACCACUCAAAACAGAUUCAAGAAAUCUCUGAAACUGGCAGAAUUCAGACAUCUUAACUCAAAUGAAGAAACUCAGAGAAGUCAUGCCCCUUGGAGGAGGAUUUUAGCCAUCAAUAUAGGAUGCUCUUUAGAUAUGCCUAUAGGUGUACAAUGUGCUCCAGGUAUGUAUUAUUCAUAAGCUGUAUCACAUUGUGGUUUCAACUUUCAUGAUAGCAAUGAUGUUUCAUUCCCUUAUGCUCCAGUAACUAACUGCUUCUCCAUAUUCCUGUAAGCAAUCCCAAUAAAGCUAUUA